GUCGGAGGCCUCCCAGAUGUUUCCGGCAAGCACGCAAGACCGGCGUAUAUAGGAAUGGUGCCGAAGCGUUUAAGUGCCUUUCCAGGACUACUGUAAAGCAUUUUAACCAGGUCCAUGAGGGAAAUGUUCUUAUGUUUUUAAGGUAAUCUUCAUGUUCACAAGACUUAAUGAGAACUGAACUGACAAUCUUCUUCCAUAUGUUCCUGUUGAGGAAUUAAGGAGAAAUCCAUUGAAGAAUCAGAUACUGGGAACUAAGUACUCAUCAUGGCUGAGUUGUCAACUGAAGAAAUUCAACUGAGAGCCAAUCAGGUUACAGAUGAAUCUUUGGAAAGCACAAGGAGGAUUCUUGGCAUGGCCAUUGAGUCCCAGGAUACAGGAAUCAAAACCAUCACCAUGCUAGAUGAACAAGGGGAGCAGCUAACCCGUAUAGAAGAAGGCAUGGACCAGAUAAAUAAAGACAUGAGAGAAGCUGAGAAGAACUUGACAGAGCUCAACAAGUGUUGUGGCCUUUGUGUCUGUCCUUGGAAUAGAACGAGGAACUUUGAAUCUAAUAAGUCUUAUAAAACAACAUGGGGUGAUGGUGUCGAAAAUUCAGAUCAUGUAGUAUCUAAGCAACCAGCACGUGUAGUAAAUUAUCAGCAGCAGACGUCAGGAGGGCCAUCUGGAGGGUACAUUACACGGGUAACAAAUGAUGCCAGAGAGGAUGAGAUGGAAGAAAACCUAACUCAAGUGGGAAACAUCUUGGGGAAUCUGAAACAUAUGGCUUUGGAUAUGGGCAAUGAAAUUGAUUCACAAAACAAACAGAUAGACCGGAUAAAUGAGAAGGCUGAAACUAACAAAGACCGUAUUGAGCAAGCCAAUGUGAAAGCCAAAAAACUCAUUGAUAACUAAAAGCCUGAUGCCAAUUUGUUAUCCAGCUGAAAUGCCCAUUUCAAUGUACAAAACUUUCUCAGUUUCCAAAGAAGCGGGACAGCAGUAUUCCAAAGCAGAAAUGGAGCAGCAACUGCAUCAUAAGCCCUUUUUCGUUGCAUGAGUACAGACUUGGGAUGAAAAUCUGAGAAAGCAGCACAGUAGAAACUUGUCUUUCUUGCCCUUUUUGUAUGUUCUCAGGGCUUCAUUGUCUGUGUCUUUCCAUGGUCUCUUCUACUUGCAUUUCUUCUGUUUCCCCCCUUCACAGUCAAAUGGUAACAGCUGAGCAAAAAACUGAAGUUUGCUUCACAGGAUUUAAUUACCUUGCUUAAUGCUGCAUGUCAUAGCUAAAAUGGUGAACUUGUGACUUUUGUGAACAGUGUCAAAUUAAUCAAGCUGCCCAUAGUUUUUGUAUCUUAUAAAAAAUCAGGUUUGGUAAAAUUUCUUUCAAAGCUUCGGAAUGAAUGAAAUCUGUUUUAUAAUUACUGUUUACUAAAGAAAUGGCCUCUUCCCUUCAGUUCACACCUUCUGUCUAGUUCAGUGUAUAAAACCUACUUCUGAAGAUCACUGUUUUGGUAUCUUAUUAAAAAUCAUUUGUGUAGUUUCUAGGAACACAUCAGAAGCUGAGCACAGCCCAUGUUCUAAUGCAGGUUAAAACUUUGCUCGUUAGUGAGUUAACACAUACUGCUGUUUGGGGAGACAGUAAGUUUUUAAAUUAUUCUUGAUACCAUCACCCUGAGCCCGAUAGGGGAGGACGGGAUAUAAAUAUAAUAAAAUAAAUAAAUGGGUCUGUAUAUAUGAGUAAAGAGACAUACUGUAGAAUGUAGCUGGUUCAUACCUUUGGCUGGAACCAUUUUGAUCCUUGGGCUGUACUGGAGUGCACGUUUAAAGUCAGUGCUGAAAUACUGCUUUGUAGCUGCUUUUGCUUGCAUGAGACUAAAUCUAUUAAUAUGUAUCAUACAUUCUGGCUCUGUGUUACUCAGGCCUGUGCAGGCUGUUGCCCACUAAGCUUGAACAUAAUCUAUCAAAUUUGUGUGGCUUGCUUGGCACUCAACAAUUUUUUGCAAACUCAGGCAGGCAACAACAUCAGGAGCCCUGGAAGAUGGCCAUAUAUGGCUCAUAGUAGAUUAUGCUGAGCUUUAUUUCCAAGCUGUAUAGGUCUGCAGUAGUGAAUGGUUGGUGCAUGAAUAAUUUCAGGAUUAAGGUCCCUGAUCUAGCAUUCUAAUUAAAUAUGCGAAUGAUAAUCUAGUGCAAGGAUUUAUUUAAUGUUUAAAGAGCUUUAAAUUUUCAAGCUUUUUAGUUCACCUUUGUAAUUCAAGAAACAGCAUCCCCCCAUGCACACACACUGGCUACACUGAACAAAAUAUACUGUGCAAUAAACCAUGAACUAGUUUUAAUCUACUGGAGAAUUUCCAUACCAAUGGGGAUGGGUUGCCAAUUCUUGCCUCCUGCAGGGGAGACGUCCAGCUCCCCUCAUGCUGUCCACUAUCCCCCAGAAGCCACAUUUCAGGGGGCAUUAGGUGACAUGUGAGGGGACAAAUCACAUUCCACAUAUGAAAAAAGUCCUCCAGAGAGGUAUUUAAAACAGUGGCUCGCAGCACUCUAAUUUUUCUUUAAUUGACAAAGGACUAUUAUUUGUUUACUCUCAUGCAAAAGAAGUUCAAUUGAGCCAUAAUGUCUCUGUAAUGACAAAGUUCAGUCUUGAGAGUAUAAACUCAAGGGAAAGAAGGCCUGCUCAUCUGUGUAGGUAGCAGCUUUAUACCUCAUUCUUAAAUUUUAGUGUCCGUCGUUGUAUUCAUUAUUUUCCUCAAACUGGAAAUGUUUUAAAGAUAACUCUGCUGAGAAUGGAAGACUAAAAAGAUCUACAAAUCUUAUUAAUCUGUUCUAGAAACUCCAAGAGAACUCCCCUCUAAAGCUCUGUCAUAUCUUUCUUUUGACUUACUAUUUAAUGUGAGACUUGAGCUACAGCCAUUUAUAUUCUCAGUAAAAUUUUGGUGCAUAGCGCACAUUCUCUCAUUGUGAAUUCUUUGGAAACCAUGUGCAGUUUGCGCGUCAGUGUGACAAAGCACUUCAGUACAGAUAGUAUAAUUGUCUGCUUUUGUACGAUAAAAAGUGUGGAUUUUUGAAGAAUGUAAAUGGGCAAGCUGUACUAUAAAACUGUUGGAUUUCCUGUUUUACCUGGCUGAGCCGUGAUGCAGUAGAAAUGCCCCAGGUUUCCUUAAAUUAGUUAAGACUGAAUAAACAUAAUUUAUGAA